AUGGGAGGGUUGCUUCCUCAAGACGGUAGUAGUCCAAAAUUUGCUCAAUUGUACAUACAUGACACGGAGAAUGAGGUGGAGAAUCGCAUCAACGCAUUUAGGGGCGAUCAACCGAGUACCGAAACCCAUGUUCAAAUAGUGGAGGACAUAAAACAAGAUUUGGAUGAUCACAAUGUCUUGGUCAAAUGUUUCCGUUGGGCUCAAACGCAUAUAAAAUGCAAUCCACAAUCAGAGUUCAAGAUGAGAUUGAUUGGUAAGCGGAAUGGGGAUGCGAGAACAUACAAUUUGCCCACUGUAUCGGAAGUCGCUGCACUUAUAGUGGGGGAUCUCGAUCCGGCGCUUGGUCAUAGGGAUAUUAUAGUAGAGACAAACGCCGGAUAUCUAAAGCGGAUAAACGAGUUGAACCCUGCGUACUUACCAUUACAGUAUCCGCUGUUGUUUCCUUUCAGAGAGGACGGAUAUAGGGAGGACAUUCAAUUCAAUUUGGAUAGGCUCAGACCCACCGGUGGCAGAACUAAGGUCUCGCAGCGAGAAUUCUUUGCGUACAGGAUACAUGAGCGGUUUGGUGAGCUGUCUACGUUACUACAUGCAAAGAGACUUUUCCAACAGUUUCUGGUUGAUGCAUACACAAUGGUGGAAUCAAGCCGGCUUCUAUAUAUUCGAAAUAAUCAAAGAGCGCUACGCUGUGAGGCAUACAAAGGUCUUUCAGAUGCUUUGACGCGAGGGGAAGUUGAUACUAGCAAUCAAGGAAAAAGAAUCAUUUUACCGUCAAGUUUCACAGGGGGGGCUCGAUAUAUGAUACAGAAUUAUCAGGAUGCGAUGGCGAUUUGUCGUGCCAAAGGUUAUCCAAACUUAUUUAUAACAUUCACAUGUAACCCGAAGUGGCCAGAGAUCCAAAGGUACAUGCUAAGAUCAAACCUCAAACCAGAAGAUAGACCUGACAUUUUGUGCAGGGUUUUCAAGAUAAAGCUCGAUGAAUUGGUGAAGGAAAUUCGUGCGGGAAAGCUUUUUGGAAAAGUUGUGGCAGUUGUAUACACCAUAGAAUUUCAAAAGAGAGGUCUACCACACGCUCACAUUCUGAUUUUCCUAGAAAGACGGCCUCAAUGCUUUACAGCAGAUAUGAUUGACCAAUUUAUUUCAACCGAGAUACCGGACCCAAUAAUGGACAACGCAUAUUUUAAUGCUGUUGACGAGUUUAUGAUUCACGGGCCAUGUGGUAGAGCAAGGCCUAAAUCUCCAUGCAUGGCAAACAACAAGUGUUCUAAACACUUCCCUAAGAAAUAUGCAGAUGUGUCAACAUUAGAUGAUGAUGGAUAUCCAAUCUACAGACGUCGUUCAAAUGGUCGAACAAUUGAUAAGAAUGGUAUAAAGUUGGAUAGUAGAUAUGUGGUGCCACAUAAUAGAUACCUUCUUCUCAAAUACAAAGCCCACAUCAACGUAGAAUGGUGUAACCAAUCUAGAUCAAUCAAGUAUCUGUUCAAGUAUGUGAACAAAGGCAAUGACAGGGUAACCGCAGAAUUCUAUAAGAGCACCGCAGAUGACCAUGCAAGUGAGCAUGUUGACGAAAUUACUAUGUUCUACGAUUGUAGAUACGUGUCAGCAUGCGAAGCUGCAUGGAGAUUGUUAAGCUUUGAGGUCCAGUACAGGCACCCGCCUGUGGAGAGGUUGAGCUUCCAUUUGCCGGAUUGUCAAUCAGUGGUAUUCCAGGACGAUGACAGAAUUGAGAAUGUGUUAAGUCGACCAACUGUAUACCAGAGUAUGUUUACCGCGUGGUUUGAUGCUAACAAGAAGUUUCAAUCGGCAAGGGAGUUAGCUUAUAUUGACAUGCCAACAAGAUUUGUAUGGAAGAAGGAUAUUAGAGAAUGGCAUCCGAGGAAGAGGGGUUUCUCUAUUGGAAGAAUAUUUUACGUACCGCCUGGCAGUGGAGAAAUUUAUUAUUUGAGAUGUCUCUUAAAUGUAGUUCGUGGUCCUACUAAUUUUGAUGACAUCAAGUCGUAUCAAGGUGUAGUAUAUCCAUCAUUUAUGGAUGCAUGCUAUGCAAGAGGGCUUUUAGAUGAUGACAGAGAAUACAUAGAUGCAAUCAAUGAAGCAAGUCUUUGGUCUACUGCAACAGCAAUGAGAAAAUUUUUUGUAGUCUUAUUAACAUCCAACUUGGUUAACCGGCCCGAAAACGUAUGGUGUCAAGUAUGGCAUCACUUGGCAGAGGACGUACUAUUUAAUAGGCGGAGGUUAUUCUCCAAUGAUGAUCUGAGUUUGUCUGAUGAUGAGAAGAAGGAUUUAGCAUUAAUUGAGAUUGAGCGAUUGUUACAAAAGUACAACAAGUCCUUGAAAGAUUACCCUCAUAUGCCAAUUCCAAUUCUUGAAGAAUCUUGGAACCACAACAAUCGUUUGUUGUGUGAUGAGCUUGGAUAUGAUCGGGAUGCUCUACUUAUAGAGAGCGGCAGGUUAGAAAGUCAAUUAACUGAUGAGCAAUCUUUGGUGUACAACACGAUCCUAAAUGAUGUACAAGAACAGAAGGGCGGCUUUUUCUUUGUUUAUGGAUAUGGCGGCACCGGAAAGACAUUUGUUUGGAAAGCACUCUCUGCAAAAAUAAGGUCACAAGGAAAAGUGGUCCUUAAUGUUGCAUCUAGCGGUAUUGCUUCUUUGCUCUUGCCAGGCGGUCGGACAGCUCACUCGCGGUUUGCUAUACCUAUUGCCAUUACAGAAGACUCGACAUGCAACAUAUCUCAAGGUAGCCAUCUUGCCCAACUAUUGAUAACUGCAAAGCUUAUAAUAUGGGACGAAGCACCAAUGAUGCACAAACAUUACUUCGAAUGUCUAGAUAGAACUUUGAGAGAUCUUAUGCGGGUCUUCGAAUGUCUAGAUAGAACUUUGAGAGAUCUUAUGCGGGUCCAAGAUUGCAAUAGUGGUAGUAAGACAUUUGUUAUGCGGGUCCAAGAUUGCAAUAGUGGUAGUAAGACAUUUGGUGGUAAAACGAUGGUAUUAGGAGGUGAUUUUAGACAAAUACUACCGGUUGUGCCGAAAGGAUCAAGGCAAGAUAUUGUUUCUGCAACAAUAAACUCUUCUUACUUGUGGGGAUCAUGUCAAGUCUUGAGGUUAACAAAGAAUCUUCGCCUAAAUACAGAUGAACAAGGUGCUAAUAUUGAGGAUAUUAAAGAUUUUGCCCAGUGGUUGGCCCAAAUCGGCGAUGGUAUCUUGGGAGGCCCUAAUGACGGCUAUGCCAAAGUUAAAAUUCCUCAAGAAAUGUUGUUGCCAUCGACAGGGGACAACAUAGCAACUAUUGUGGAUAAUAUUUUUCCAAGGUUCAAAGAAGGGUGUUGUCACCAAGAGUACAUGGAGAGUCGUGCGAUAUUAGCCCCCACGCUAGAUGUUGUGAAUGCAGUGAAUGAAUAUAUGACAGAUCUCCAUGUUGCUGAAAGCCGGACAUACCUAAGUUGCGAGACGGUGUGUAAGGCGGAUUCAAAUAAUGGCAUCCUAUCGGAUAUGCACACUCCAGAAUUCCUUAAUGGAUUAAAAGCAUCUGGCAUUCCUAAUCAUGCUUUAACUCUUAAAGUGGGAUCUCCAGUCAUGUUGUUGAGAAAUAUAGAUCACGCAAUGGGACUUUGCAGUGGCACAAGGCUUAUUAUCACUAGAUUAUCAGAGCAUGUUAUCGAGGCAAAAAUUGUCGUUGGUCAUAACGCUGGACAAAUCGUCUUGAUACCAAGGAAGUCAAUGACGCCAACAAAUACAAGGCUUCCAUUCAAUUUUCAAAGAAGACAAUUUCCGUUAGUGUUGGCAUAUGCGAUGACCAUUAACAAAAGCUAG